GGCCGCCCCGGCACCACCGAGAGCGGCGGCGGGAGAGCCAUGCCUCGCCUGCGCCUGCGCCUCCGCCUCCGCCUGCCGCUGCUGCUGCUGCUGCUGCUCCUGCUCCUGCCGCGCCCGGGCGCGCCGGAACCCGGCGACGACGCGAGCCCGCCGGACGGGGCCCAGGAGCCCCUCCGCGGCCUGCGCGAGCGGCUGAGGGCGGCCGCGGCCCUCUCCCGACGGUACUGGGCGCUCCUGCGCUGCCGCGUGUGGCCCGAGGACUGUGAGCGCGCCGAGGAGGCUGGCGCGGGGCUCCUGGGCUGGAGCCUUCCCCUGUUGGGCCAGCAGUACCUGGACAUCCUGACCUCGUGGUACUGCAGCUUCCAGGCCUGCUGCGACAGCAGGGACUGCAGGAUCUCCAACAACUUCACAGGCCUGGAAUCGGACCUGAGCGUGCGACUGCACGGCCAGCAUCUGGCUCGGGAGCUGGUCCUGACCGCGGUGAGGGGCUACUUGGAGCUGCCCCAGCCAGGCAAGGCCCUGGCCCUGUCGUUCCACGGCUGGUCCGGCACGGGCAAGAACUUUGUGGCGCGGCUGCUGGCAGAGAACCUGUACCGGGAUGGGCUGAGGAGCGACUGCGUCGAGACGUUCAUCGCCACCCUACACUUUCCUCACCCGAAGUACAUGGACCUUUACAAGGAGAAGCUAACAAGUGAGAUCAAGGAGACACAGGACCGCUGCCACCAGACCCUGUUCAUCUUCGAUGAGGCUGAAAAGCUACAUCCGGGACUGCUAGAGGCCCUUGGGCCACACCUGGCGCACCAGACCCCCAAGAACCACAGGGUCGAGUCCCCGAAAACAAUCUUUCUUUUUCUCAGUAACCUUGGAGGCAAUACCAUCAAUGCAGCUGUCCUGAAUCUGCUUCAGGCCGGAGGGACCCGGGAAGAAAUCAAGCUGGACCAGCUGGCGCCCCAGCUCCAGGCUGAGAUUGCAGAGUCCACGGACACUGGCUUUGGCCACAGCUGUCUUGUCAAGGAAAACCUGAUUGACUUCUUCAUCCCCUUCCUGCCACUGGAGUACCGCCACGUGAGGCUGUGCGCACGCGAUGCUUUCCUGAGCCAGGGACUCCCAUACACAGAAGCAGUCCUGGACCAAAUUGCCAAGAUGAUGGUGUAUCUCCCCAAGGAGGAGCAACUCUUCUCUUCUCAGGGCUGCAAAUCUAUUUCUCAGAGAAUUAACUAUUUCCUCCCUUGAGAGCUAGAGGAGGACUUCUUGCAACUGCCUGCCUUUCACCAGUGGGACCCUGAGGUGGGUCACGGGACUGUCUGGGACUCUAAGGGCAGGAGGGGUAGGCUGGCCUCCAGCCAUCACUGACACACAAAACAUGUAUUAAAAGGAAGGCCUUAAAUCAGAAACAGAGCCAACACUUUUUAAUCACUUGGUGCCUUAAAGAGCCACAUUCCAAAACGUGGGCCAGGUGGUUGGAGAAAGCCACAGGCCAGAUUGAGUCCCAAGGCCUCGCUAGCAUCUCCACUCUUGCCUGCAGAUGCCUGGACUUGGGCGUGAGGCCGGAGGUCACGGGGUCCUCCCUGACCGGGAAGGGAGAAUCCCG